AUGGCUGGUAAAAGAUUAGACAUUCCUACUCGCCAAAAUCCCUCUAGAGGCUCAAAAUCGAGAGCUGAAACGAAACCAGCUGAGAAGAAGGCUGAAAAGCCUAAGCCUAAACCAAAAACAAAUCCAAAACCUCCAGUAUCUGAUGUACAAACUAAGGAUACGCCUACUCCAAAGAAGACCGCUCCCAUUCGACGAUCUUACAUUCAAUUCCCUGGACCUUUUGCCAGAAUAUGGUUGGACUCGAUGAAAGAAAAUGAUCCCAUCUGGUCUUCGAAAGAGAAUAUCAACAAGUUCGAGCAGUCUUUUGAAGUGUCUCUCCAGCCAUUCGAGCACUCCCUCGACCAGCUCUUCCCUUCUGUUGCCGUCAAAUUUGAAUUCAUUCGAUUUAAAGACAAAACUCAAUCGUCGACGUUACCUCGCAUGGGAAGAGGACCAGUGUGUGCUGUAGAUGGAUCACUUCAGAAGUGUCAUCAAGCUCAACCAUUUGUUCCUGCCUUUCUUUAUACUCAUCCUGAUGCCAUCUGCGACAAAGCAACUCAUUUCGGCAUUCCCACUUUGCUUUUUCGAUGGGAAGUGAAGACUGUCAAGAUCUCCGACACUCGUUCGCUUACCGAAUUGGUUCUUUAUUCUUGCUGGUCCUGUUAUACCCGUGGUGGGCAAGGAUGUACUGUUCAGGGGAAGAUAAUAUCCGAAACCUCAGAUGAAAACGUAUCCCAACUCGACUUCUCAGAGUUUGCUGAUAAUGGCGAUUCGAAUGGUCCUACUCUCUUCCCUCAAGAACAACCUGAAGUCGAUAAUACUUCUGACAACGAACUCGAAUCGGAAGAAAACACUUCUCCUAUUGGUUCUUUUAAACGUCCUGCAUCUCCGCCAUCUUCUGCAGGCGCUUUCAAGAAGAUUCGAGUGGAUUCUGAAACUGUAUUAUCGCUACCUGCAACUCCUACCCCUGCCUCGAAGUCCAACAUUUCUUCUGCGGACAAGACACUUGUCCCUCUGGGAAAGAAAGGUAGAGACUACUUUGCCAACCUCAAGAAGAAGCGAAACGCUUCCCCCUCUCCUCCCCCAGAAGUGAACACCAUGGAUUUGCUUCGAACCAAACCAACUCAUUCGACCGAUGUCUUUUUACAUCCGAUGAAACCUUUUGCCCUCCCCAUUCAACCUUCCAGACCGUCUAAAAAUGAUAAAUCAAACGAACAACCUGCCGUAUCAACAACCGAAUCAACUGCAACUGUUAUCGCACCUGCUUCUUCAUCAUCGUUGCUUUCCGGAUCUGCUGACUUGAAGUCCUAUUUUCAACAAUCUGUGCAGGCUGUAUCGUCGCUGCAUAAAGAUCUUCAGUCUAAGUCACGAUCAUUCGAAUUGGAAUUGGAUGAACUCUUAUCUCAAGUAGAAGGAUUCAAAAAUCAAGCUCAGAUUGAUAGGGCAUCUAUUGAAUCAGUUCGAAUCGAUAGGGAUAACAAAUUGUCUGAGCUUCGAAUCAUGGAUACGGUAGUCUCAUCUCAAUCGAAGGAUCUCAAGGACAUGCACAGGAAGAUUGUACUUUUGGAGAAGGAAAUAUCGCUCAAGGAUAAGGAAAUUGAGAAUCUCAAGUCUUCCCAGAAGGUCUUUGAGGGACGAAUAGCCGGAGCGGUGGAGGAACGAGUUGCAGCUGAGAAAGCCAUGAGUAUAGCUGAAGAACACAGAGUCGAAGCGGAGGGUGCUCUUAGAGAUGUCAUUGCAGAAUGCGAUUCUCUUCAUAAGGAAAUUGAGAAGCUGAAAGCAACGGACACUGAGAGAAGGAAAAGGGCUCAAUCAUUCUGA